AUAAACGGAAGUAUAUGAUGAUAAAUUCUGAAAUGCUAUGGCCGAGAAUUGAGUUCGUGAGUAGAAGGGUAUAUUUUAACAAGACAUAAUUUAUCUUCUGGUGAUGAAAUGGUAUUCCUUCUUGUAUCAAGGCAUUUGCUUCUAUUGAUUUGGAUAGAAAAUGUCUUAACAUCCAGUACCCUGAGUGACAUUUUAAUGUCAAAAUUGAAGGAUCGUGGACUCCUAGAUCUGGAAUACACAACGUUUCAUAAUGAUUCUGACCUAUUUCGGGAAAGAGAUAAAAGAGAUGCAGAGGCAACGCACUCUAAGGAACCGGUUCAUGUGGCCUUCACGUAUGCUUCAGAGAAGUAUAACCUAGAAUUGAGCAAAUCACAGCCAAUUUUGCACCCGUCCGCCGAGAUUCUUACCUGGAGGGACGAAUCAGCUCUACGGUGGACAGAUCCUCACCCAGACUGCUUUCUCACCGGAAGUGUGACGUCACAUCAGGGUAUAGCCACCAUGUCUAUCUGUGAUAAUGUGGUUGGAAUUGUUCGAACUGAAAGACUUACACUGUAUCUAGAAAUUUUACCAGAGUCCACUGCUAACGUUAUCAAAGCUAUUGUUGGACGUCAGGCAGAUGACGUAACUCCUAUUUCCUAUGAGUCUCUGGCAGGAAAUCUUAUUAAACUUAAUGAUAGAAGCAGACGUUCGGUGCCGUCACAGAACAUAACGAUAGAGCUGGCGGUUUACACGGAUGCUGCCUUCACGAAAACCAUGCUGGUCACAGAUUUCUCUCAAAGACUUCAACACAUUUUACUCAAGUAUUACGCUGUUCAGAUGGAAUGGUCAAGGAGUGACAGUUUGGGAUUUAACGUUCGACUGUUGUUGAAAAAAGUUCAUUUCUUCGAAACAAACCCGACAUGGUAUAAUUCUUCCGCAACUCGACUUGGUGAUGUUCUUUCCGGCUUCUGCUUGGGAACAUUAAAUGGUGGCUUGUACGACAUUCGUUAUAUGCAUGUAGGUUUGUCAGAUUUGGAUGUCACUGGCCGAGCUUACCAGAACUCUGUAUGUAACCAGAGGUACAGCUGUGGUGUGGAUACGUCAACAGGGGCCGCCAGCUUCGCGGCUACCGCUCACGAGAUCGGACACUUAAUGGGAAUGUACCACGAUGCUGAUCGCGGAUGCAGCGGAAAUGACGUAGGGUUAAUGGGAGGAUAUGGCACUGGUUGGAGCAGCUGCAGUAAAUUUGACAUGGCCAGACUGUUAAAUUCAGUUAAUAAAGAUUGUUUAUGGGAAGAAAAUAUUCCGCCAGAGGAAGUCCCACAGAAUAUAGUAAAUCAAAGUCUGGUUCCAGCCAUACCAGGACAGAGGUAUUCCCCUGAUCAAGUCUGUGAACUUAAGUACGGUGCUGGUCAUCGUUUUCGUAGAUUUCCAAAACUUGGGGUCUGUCUCAUGUUCAGCUGUGCCAAUCACAACCGCCUCCAAGUCAAUUAUGGUCAAAUGUUCAAAGAAACUACCUCUAUAUUUGGAAUGUAUUGUGAGGAAAAUAAGAUUUGCCAUAGGACGGACUGUGCUGACGCCUCAAGUGCCAAACUGAGCAGCCUGGUGAAGCGUGAGGGAGCGUGGAGUCAGUGGGGGUCAUGGACAGGGUGUACCAGAACUUGUGGGCGGGGCAUCAACUACAGAAUAAGGAAGUGCAACAACCCAGCUCCGAUAAACUUUGACGGUUGCGAUGGAGAUGCGUACGAAGCAGUUACAUGUAGCACAAAGCCCUGUCCCAGUGACAGCUCUGACCAGACAGUUCUGUGGAACCAGCGUGCUGGGGAAACCUGCAAAAGACUGAGGGACAACAAUGUCAUAAAACCGGACCUGUACAACGAAACAGGGUCAAGGUACUCCAAUACAGCUGAUGGUCAGUGUGAGGUGACCUGUGACCCCGCCCCUGGUCACACGAUCCCCACGUUUACAAGAUUCGGGUUUAUGCCUGACGGAGUGACCUGUGUUGGGGGAUCUAGUACCUGGGAUUUAAACAACUGGCCACGAAACUCAGGAUCCUACUACAUGUGUCUGGAUGGUUUGUGUCAGAGGUUUGGUUGUGAUGAUUGGUUCAAUGGAAAGGUUCUGGAUGAAUGUGGUGUAUGUGGUGGAGACAACUCUACAUGUGCAGUUACCUCAGGAAUUGACAUUAAACAACAAGGUCAAGGUGAACGUCGAACUCUGGCCCUUUUACCUGUAGGAACCUACAACAUUCAAUUCUGGUUCUCAUAUCUAGAUAUGAAGCAAAACUUUUUAGAGUUAUAUAACACAAAUGGAGACGUCAUUCUUGCCAGCAGAAUAUCCAGUUCCUGGAAGUGGGACACAAGAACUGAGCCUGUUGUCUUCGCUAACACGAAGUGGUAUUACUACUUCUAUGCUCAGUUUCUUUAUGCCAAAGGACCACUGACUGAGUCCUGUGAAAUAAAGUUGUAUCAACAUGGUGAAUUUAACAAUACUGGUAUUUUUUACGCUUAUUCGGAACCCCUAAUAGAUUCUAGUACCACAACACCGUAUGUAACCACCGACUCGUCAACAGAUUUACACGUGUCUACACUGGAAACAUCCACAAGCGAACCUCUAACAACUGACAUUACAGAUUCAAGUAGCGGAGACAGAUCUACAGCCACGUCCGCGGUGACUUCUGUUGCAUUGGAAACAACCGAGGGAACAACAGGCUUUAGUAGAACAUUUACAUCCAAGACAACAUUCACCCCAUCUUUAGAGACUUCAACUCAAGGAGCUACGACUUUACACUCAACAGAAAGUGAAACAGUUUCGAGCAUUACAAAACAUAUUGUCACAACAGAUUCAUCAAAAAAUGUGACGUUAUCAGUCACAUCCUCCUCCACAGACAUAACUUCAGACAUCACAGGUUCCAGUAGUUCAUAUAUAUCUACAGGAAUACCAUCAACAGUUACCUCGACGGUCACAACGGAGAUUAAAACAGAUUCAAGUAGCUUGUCUUCAGUUGCUUUCACCACAUCAGUAGAGACUUCGUCUGUGGGUACUACAACCUUAGGGACGACCACGGAUGAUCUCAGCGAUUUGAGAAUUAUCGGAAUUAUCAUCGGAAGUGUUUCCAUAGUGUGCGUUGCAUUGAUUGCUAUAGCAAUAGGCUGCCAUCGCAAUGGUUCCUGGUUUAAACCAGAUGGGAAGCGCCGGGAAAUAUACAGAGUAUCUGGGAAUUUUGACGGAUCAUCCAAACCCCUCAGUCGGGAUUCUUACCGAGAUUACACUGACGUUUAGUUGUACUUAGAACAAUUCUUAUUCAUAAUUAAUUAUAAUCCUUUUGAUAAUAUGUUUACAAGAAGUUUUACAAUUAUUCUAUUUGUUUUUUAUAUGCAUUUUUCAUAUGUUACUUUUUUAUUCAAUGAUUUGUUGCUCA